GGCAAACAAGAUCGAAAGCAUACAUUUUCAAGGAAGGCUGACAAACUCUGACGACGAGUCCAAAGUAGAAUACGAUGGGAAUAUGAAGCUCAAAACCUCGGCACACCCAAAUUUAAACUUUGCCUCAAAUGUUACAUGGCGAUCAUUGCAAGGUCAUACCGAAGGUAUUAUAGCCUUUAACAGUGGUCGGAAUGUCGGUGAUUCGGGAGCCACGAAUAUAUUACAUUUAGUGUUGUCCCGCUUCCACUCAGAAGAAAAGAUUUGGGACGAUUCACGUUUGUAUGCAAGCUUGGAUGUUAAGUUACCACGCAAUAACAUUGAUUACAAACUGUUUUUAAAGCAUGAAGAACGGUAUAAAAAUGGAAGCGAGCAUAACGUAAUACUUGGAGGUCAAAUUAUUCCAGGAAAAGAAGCGUCAAUUCUUUUUUCUAUAUUGAUACCGCGGCAUUCUUUAAUUGCCUUUGAUGUAUUUUUUAAUGUCACAGUAACGAAUUUCAACUCCUGCUCAGGACGACUAAAGUUUGUAGAAAAACUUCCCAAAACUUAUUUGGUGAGUAUUUAA